AUAUGAAUGUAAAUAAUGAUAGAAAUCAAUGGAUAUAUUUGUUAUGUUCAACGAUGACAACUGUUUUAUGUCUUGUCCUCAAAAUUCCUCAAUUGAUUGCUUUACUCAAAAGCAAAUCAAGUCGUGGACUUAGUCUUCAGAGUUUAGUCCUCGAGUUUUGGGCAUAUAUGACAAUGACUUCAUACUCUUUGGCCAAUUCAUACCCGCUGUCAAUGUUCUGUGAAUAUCCUAUUCUUCUAAUUCAAGACAUAAUAAUCAUUUAUUUGAUAUUGCAUUUCAACCAAUCACUUAAUUUCAAGUGCUUUUUAACUUUUGUUUUGAUUUGUUUAUUUCAUACAUCAAUCGCAAUYCAAGUAAUACCUAUUAAAGUAUCCGUAAUAUUAAUUCAAUUAGGAAAUCCUAUUGGAUGGUAUAGUAAAGCAAUUCAAAUGUUGACAAUUGUUAAGAAUAAGGAUUCGGGUCAGGUAUCAGCUCUGACGUGGUUUUUAAAUGCCUGUUCCUGUGCUGCACGUUUGACAACUCUUUGGCUUUCUAUUAUGGAUCCAAUAGUAGUGACAACUUUGAUCGUCUCAUUCUUUCUCAAUACAGGUGUUGCGAUCGUCGCUCUUACAUAUAGACCGAAGAUAAAGAGCGAUUGAG